UAAGUUUCUUCAUCAAUCAGCUCACAAAUAUCAAAUUCUAAUUCAUAAUGGCAUUCAGAGCAAACAUUUCUCUGCUAGUCUUUACUUCUCUUUUGUUUUCAUUAUGUUCUGCAUUAAGUCCUAACUACUAUGAUCAGACGUGCCCGAGUGCUGAAAUGGUCAUUACAAAUGCUGUCAAGAAAGCAAUGAUGAACGACAAAACAGUUCCAGCAGCACUACUUCGGAUGCACUUCCAUGACUGCUUUAUUAGAGGCUGUGAUGCUUCUGUGCUGCUUAAUUCGACUAAGAACAACAAAGCGGAAAAAGAUGGACCUCCAAAUAUCUCAUUGCAUGCAUUUUAUGUCAUUGACAAUGCCAAGAAGGAAUUGGAGGCUUUGUGCCCUGGCGUCGUCUCCUGUGCUGAUAUACUUGCUGUGACUGCUAGGGAUGCUGUUGCUCUGUCUGGAGGGCCUAGUUGGGAAGUGCCGAAAGGAAGAAAAGAUGGAAGAGUUUCAAAGGCAAGUGAAACCAAACAACUGCCAGCUCCCACAUUCAACAUAUCUCAGCUGCAACAGAGUUUCUCUCAGAGAGGGCUUUCUCUGCAUGAUCUUGUAGCACUUUCAGGAGGUCAUACUCUUGGAUUCUCUCAUUGCUCCUCUUUCCAAAACAGAAUCCACAACUUUGACGCGAAACACGACGUUGAUCCGUCCAUGAGACCAUCAUUUGCAGCCAGCCUUAGAAAUGUUUGCCCUGUGCAUAACAAGGUGAAAAAUGCAGGGGCUACUUUGGAUUCAUCGACAGCUUCAUUCGACAACAUGUACUACAAAUUACUUGUCCAGGGGAAGAGCUUGUUCUCAUCAGAUCAAGCUUUGCUAAGUGAAGGUAAAACGAAAGGACUGGUUUCAAGAUUUGCCAGCUCCAAGGAAGAGUUCGAGAGCGCAUUUGUCAAGUCCAUGAUCAAAAUGAGUAGCAUCACGGGUGGCCAAGAAGUUAGGCUCAACUGCAGGGUGGUCAAUUAAUUCGAAAGAUGAACAUAUGAUUCAUAAUUAGUAUUUUGUUCCAUAAUUAUUUUGUUUUGGAGAUUUUCUUUUAUCUUGCUUUUGACAAUUUGUAAAUGUUUGAGUUAUUUUUCUCAGA